UGGUUCCACAAACCGUCAAUAAUGAAGUGCGUUGCUAUCUAUGCCAUUGCGGCUCUUCUUGUUGGUGCGGCAUCGGCCGGCGGCUUUGGAGGUUACGGAGGCGAUUUCGGUGGAGGAUAUGGUGGUUGGCAUGAUAACGUUGUAGUCUCGCAUGCUAAAGUGGCGAAGGUCUCGUACGUAAAAACCCCCAUUGUCUCUACGCACUAUGUGAAGAAGCCCGUCGUUUCCUAUGUCUCGAAACCCGUUAAGUCCAUCUCGUACGUGUCGAAGCCUGUAGUUUCGGUCUCUAGCGUUCCCGUUAUCUCGCACGGAUACGGUGGAGGUUUCGGAGGUGGUUUUGGGGGAGGAUAUGGAGGGGGGCACGGGUGGUGGUAGAUAAAAUUAAAUUGUGAAGAACCGAAAUCUCUGUAGAAUUCAAGUCAAUACUAUGUACAAUUGUAUACAAAUAAUGUUUAUAAUAAACUACUGCUUUAAUGUUAGACUG